UUACCAGUGGAGCAACUGCUCUGGCGGCCCGCAGAAGUGUGUGUUGAUAGGCAGCUGCUGUUCCUUUUCCACGGCGGCCGAAGAGAGCGGGGCGAGGGCCGCCUUCUGGGGGUAUGGGGGUGAGGGGAUGGUGCCGUCGCUGCGGCGCAGUAGGGGGCCGGGUUGGCGACCGUGCAGCGUAUUGUCGUGGUCGAUGAACAGCACACCGGCCCGGUCAGAUACGCCGCCACCUGAGGCAGGCGGGCAAAGAAACACCACACCAACCACACACAAUACAUAAGCCAAAGUGCGGUCAUCCCAUUUCUCCGCGUCUGUAAUGGUCUGUCUGCGUGUCACUGAUAGCCUUACCCAUGGCGAUCCUACGCACGUAGAUGUUAUUCACGCAGUGGUCGAGGAGCACGGUGUCGUAGUCGUCGAGUGCCCUCCUAUGCCCCCUCACUCCCUCACGCAACGCCCUCACUGUCGUCAACAACUUAUCAAUCAUCCCCAUGGCCUUCUGGUCGGCCGGCUGUGUGGGCGGGUGGGCCGCCGAGAUGGCCGCCAGGUUGUGCAUAGCAGGUCGGAUAAGGACACAUGUGUGUUGGCGGAUGGGGGGUCGUUGAUGACCUCCUCGGCGAGGUACACGCACUGCUGUGGCGGGGCGGAUGGGCUGGCGCGGAAGUCCGCGCCGUCUGAGGGGCCAGCAUACUCGUAGACGUCGAGGAAGAGCCCCCUCUCGUUCCUCUCCCUCUGCCGCUGCUGCAGCCUUUCCAUGGUCGCUCUCUCCGCCUCCAUCUCCCUGCAGAUGGAGCGUGAGACCUGCUGGCUCCCCUCCGGCGGCGCCGCUAUCUUAAACUCCGUCCACUCCCCAUUGACGAGGCCGGCCGUGACUGUGGCCCUUGUGCCGCUCCCGAGGACUAUGGGCAGCUCGAUAUCGUCCCCGCUCUUCAGACGAAGGAUGGCCGGUGGCUGAGGUGGCCCUGAUGGGUCGCUAGCCAUCGCUGUGGCCUCCUCCUCUCGCUGAGCUGCUGCGACGAAACGGCUGAGCUGCUGCUGAUGGACUGGGACUGCUGCUGUCACGGGGAAACAGAGAUCAAACCAUUUCCCGUCUCUGCCGUCGAGAAUUGCGGAAAGAAUUGAAGUCGUCGAGAUUUUCUGGGCGUUGCUUGAGACGCCCCCUAGCUUGCCGUCCCACAU